AUGGCAUCCGCACACAUUGGAAGCAAAGUUCGAAUUAAAGUUAUCGAAGGGGAUGAAUUUUCGGGGUUUGUGCAUUCGGUUGAUGCUAACACAGGAAAACUUACAUUAGAUAAAGUAACUUUGUGUGGGCGUGGUGGAGUGGACAGAAGAAUUCAAGGCUUGCAGCAUUUCUACGGCAAAGAAAUCGAGAAUAUUAUAAAAUGUGAGGAAGUGUGUCCAAAGCUGAAGAAAAAUGCAUCCACUGGCAACCUGACAAAGUAUAAGGAGGCAGGCCCUAGUUUAAAGAAGACCAAAAAUAAACCAAAACAUCUUCAGAAACUGAGGAGACUCGACACUGAAAAACUGCUUCUAUCUUCCAGACCAGAAUCUGCUGAGGAAGCGACUAAUGUUAAAAGUAGAAUCUGUGCAAGGGCUAAGAGUUCUGAUUAUGACUCCAGUAGUGAUGUCGGUGACUUCAACAAUUACGACCCAGACAGCAGAUAUCAUCUUGUUAACAAACUCGAUCAUCGGUUUUAUGAUGCGAUGGAGUACUUACAUCAGCAGUCUAUGAUCGCUGUAGCCUUUGAAGGUGUGGAGAUUGGACGUGAAGGGAAACUAGCAUGGAUUUCGAUUGCUACAAAAGAUGACUUACUAUUGCUGGACGUCUUAUCUCUUGGUGAAAAGUGUUUUUCGGAAGGUUUCAAGGAUAUUUUAGAAUCACAAAAAAUUCUGAAGGUGAUUCAUGAUUGCCGUCUUCUCUCGGAUCUCCUGCACCAUCAGUACCUGAUAAAGCUCAUCAAUAUAUUUGACACUCAGGUUGCUGAUGUUAUGAUCUACCACAUCAGACACAAAGACUGGCCGCGCUACGUGUCUGGAUUGUCGUCCUGUCUUUUCUCUCAUCUGGAAUUGAGUUCUGAACAAGUGCACAUCAUGAGGGUUAGAGAAAGUGCUAAAAAGGAAGACCAGGAGAUUUGGUGCAAGCGGCCAGCCCCGGGGUUUGUCAUGGAGGCUGCUGUAAAACACGUGGAACAUCUUCUCGACCUUCGACUUAUUCUUAUGGAGAAGAUGAUGGCGGAGUUCACGGUCGGGGUCGAUAUUUACCUUGCACAGGUCAAGGACGUUUCGGAUGCCGAGGCCAAGAAAGCACUCUCAUCUAGUCACCUGCUUCCUUUUGCAUUUCAACAUCUGAGUCAGUUCCUUCAUGCUUCCCACUUUAACUACACGAUGCCUCUGAGGAUGCGAAAUCCUCUGUCCAGCAAGGAUAGACACGGAUUUGAGGAGAACUGUCAGGGUAUAAUGGAUCCUGAUGUCAUUGCAAGUGUUGACUCCAUCUGGCAUCAAAGACUGAACAAGAACUGUCCAGGUUCUCAACAAAAAAUAUCAAACUCCCUGGACCAAAGUUCAAGUAAAGAAAGGCAGAACCAGAGGUCAACAUCUGCAGUUUCAAAAUCUGACCAGUUUCCGGAAACAUGUUCUAUUGGUGAAAGUUCUACAAUACCAAUAUCGAAAGACUUAACCGUCCACGAUGAAUCUUCAGCAUCAUUUGAGGCUCAAAACAAAUCAAACAAUUCUGUUUUUUCAUGUGCUACUCCAUCCUGUUCUGAAGACAUCAAAUCUUCUUCGAAAAUUCCUGAAUUUGUUGUUCCCAGAGUUGAUAGUCCUUCAGAAUUUCAGCAUAAGAUAAGAGUGUUAACAACUUCAAAAUCUAUGUCCAGUUUGAAACUGGAUGAAAAGCCACAGCCGUCUGAAUCAGAAUUGACUGGCUCGCAGUUAUUGAAGACACUGAUGGCAGAGAUCAGAACUUCUGGGAGUAGUAGUGAAACUGAUUUUGUCCUGAGGCCUGCUGGGAAACUUCAGUAUAAUUUACCAAAGAGACAGAGACGAUCCCUGAAUACUGAAAGCAGAUGUAAGAAAUCUCAAGCUUUUGUGUGUCUGUCAAAAAAUGAAAGCUCUACAUGCGAUGAAGAUGAUUACUUUGGAGAUAUUCCUUUAACAGAACAUUUAAGAAGAAGUGGAAAGUUAGUUAACAGCAAAUUGUGUGAAAGUGUUCCUCAAGCUGUAAUCAACAGUGGAAGUGGGAGAAUGGUUAUUCCAUUGAGUUCCAGUGAGUCUGACUCUGAUGUUGCCAAUCCAAGAAGGUUUGAUAGUCUUGAGAAGCAGUCCAAGGAACUGAGACCAAUAGUGCCUAAGACAAACUGUGAACUGCCAUUUUGUUCCAUCCCAAACAGAGACGAGGAAAGAAGUUCUCAGGGUUUUUCUGAAGCUUCCAUAUCAUCGGUACAACAAACAUCACCACCUUCAUUGAAUUGUUCACAGAUUCAAGAAUCUCUACCCAUUCCGUGGUGGGAAUCCAUACCUAAAACGCAAACAUCAUCUGUGUCAGACACAUUUGUGGAUAAAGUACAUACUCAUAGUGUUACGUCUCACUCCAUUCUAGCUGACAGUCCUUACAGCAGACCAUCACCUAAAUCAUCCGAGCCUUCACCAGCAUUAACAUACUUUUCAAUUGGCCGAGGAUAUCGAUCUCCAAACUCCAGCUCAUACUGUCAGGUUUCAUCUGCAUCUUCCCAACAGACCACUCCAUCACCAGUUGGCAGAGCAAGGUCACCUGCUGCUGCUGCUGCUGAUACUGCAUAUGUAUCGGCUUGUUCUCACUUCGGCAGAGGUGGGUCACCAAGUGUUCAUCCGUCCGGCAUAACGAGUCCUGGCUCAUCUGGUUCUAGUCAAGAUGAGUCUUCAGUUGUUAAGAUCUCCCCUUCUUGUGGACAUGGUGCAGUGCUUCCUAGCAGUUACGCAAAUAGAACUAGCCACAGCAAGUCUCCCAUUACAUCAAUGUCACAGCAGAUAUCACCCAGAUCACUUGGAAGAGGAAUUCAUCUUCAAUAAUUUUUCAUCUUGAAAAAAGAGCAUAACUUUAAAUUUGUUACAUAUCUUUUGUUUUAUUACAGUUCUUUUAAGUUGUUAUGUAUUUAAGGUGCAAUGCAUAUAAAAAGUAUGCAGAUGCAAAAUCUAUAAUGUUUUAAGUCUUUCCUAAAAAAAUAUAAUAUUGGCUUAAAUAACAGGGCUAGCCAAUUAUGAAUUUUAAAAGCAAUUGUCGAAUUUUAUUUUAAUUUGGUGAAAUAAGUACAUGUAAUAAUUGACAUUUUGUUAGAAAAUAACUGAGUUUCUGCACAUUUUGAAGAUUAAUAGAUUAUUUGGCAAAUAGACCUAGCCCUGAAUAACUUAAAAUCAUUAGGUGACACUCAGGGAUGUGUUGUUUUAGUUUUUAUCUGAUUUCAGGGGAGAAAUUUCAAUAUUUUUUCAGAAAAGCUAAAAAAUUACCUUGAGUUAAAGUUUAAAACCUACAAGGCACAACAUAACGAGGUUAUGUCUAUUCGUUUGUCCUUUUUGGCACUGUCAGUGUCAUUCAAUGAUUGACUGUCAUUUAAUGAUUGACUGUCAUAAGAGUAGUGAUGUCGUUAAGAAUAGAAAUAACAGGUGGAUAUCAAAUUAUAGCCAGAUAUAUUGUCAUGUCAUAUGACAUAAUCAAGUUGAUACUGAAGAAUGACAUGAUUUCAUUGGCUUAUCUUAAAUAUUAACAUUAUACAUUGAUCACAAGCUAAUGUUAAACUUCAGAAACAAGAUUUCAAAAACAUAUAUAUUUACCAGGUUGUCAGCAUGUGCAAAUUAGUCAGAAAUCUCUACCCAGUGACAAUUUAAUAAGAAGGCCGAGAAAAAUUGUCAGAUGCGGUCUAUUAAUAACAACCUUGAAGACAUCUCACUGACUGGCUAAUAUGACCUUCACACAGGGACUAGUUUGUUCGUUCAUUCAUUCAUUAUUUUUUACAAGUGUAAGCUGUUUAUGUCAUGCUGUUAAGACAAAUAUUUGUUUUGAAAUUAUUUUAAUAAAUCAUUUCUAACAUUCCACUCACUGAAAUAAGGCAGAUAUCAGAACAUAAAAACAUCCAAAGCAUAGACAAUUACUACCUCAUAACAAAGCAAAAACAUAAGUCACCUCAUUGGCAAGGACAGUCACACCAUCCCAGGAAAUCAUGUAGACAGUGAACAUGUGUUGAUAGUAGUGUGUUCGCUCCACAGCCUGUCUCACGUUAACUUCUAUUCACUCGGCGUUCUCUUUAUUUUUACACAGCCUACUAUAUUUUAUGUAUUAGCCAACUUUUUAAUACCAUUCUGAGACUUAAAGGGGUCAGCCAAAACAUUAAAACAAAUGUCUUAAGAAAAAUCCCUAUAGUACUAGUAGUGCUGUUUACAAUAUUUUAUGUAUUAGCUGACUUUUUAAGGUUUUAAAUAUGAUCCUGGGACUUAGAGGAGUCAGAGAAGACAUCAACAAUAUAUGUAAGAAAAUCCAUAGAAUAGUGCUGUUUGCAGAAACAACAACAGCCUUUGUUAAGUCCCACACCAGUCUCCAUUUGUUUGAUACACACUUUAAAAGUUGUAUUUUAUUUAAGCAAUAAAACCACCUAUUUUAUUUUUAUUGUGUCGGCAUUCGUCAGCUUAGGCCACUUAUUUGCUACCAAAUUUGUCAUGUGAUCAGAACAUUUGAUUAUAUCUUUUGUGUCGACUGACACUCAUCUUCUAUUUUAACAUCAAUUGCAGAUUUAAUUGGUUAUGACUAUGAUUUAUUUGCCCUGUCAUUUGUUUAUUCUGCAAUUUCUAAUAAAAGACUAGAAACUUUGUAUUUUCUUAGGGAUAUCAAUGCAGAAGUUGGAGUGUUCAUCAUUACAAUGAUCAUGGGUGCUAAAUCAUAUAUUUCUCUCUCCAGCCAGUGCACCACGACUGGUACAUCAAAGGCAGUGGUAUGUGCUGUCCUGUCUAUGGGAUGGUGCAUAUAAAAGAUCCCUUGCUGCUAAUCGAAAAGAGUAGCCCAUGAAGUGGCGAUGGCAGGCUUCAUCCCUCAUUAUCUUUGUGAUCCUUAACCAUAUGUCUGACGCUAUAUGACCGUAAAUAAAAUGUGUCGAGUGCGUCGUUAAAUAAAACAUUUCCUUCCUUCCUAUUUUUCACUCUAGCCAGUGCACCACGAUUGGUGUA